UUCAUCAUAUGUUUUUUUUGUUUUGUUUUGCUUUUUAUUUUUUGCCCGAAAGACCGAAAGUAAGCGAAAAAUCUUCAAAUGACGACGAUAAACACAAAGAUGUGGGCCGGAGAUCCUAACGUGUGCCGAUGCUGCCUGUCCGUGACUGGCGAUACGGAUCUCACAGCUGAAAAUAUCAUUAAUGGACAUAAAGAAGUAUUUUCAGACAUGCUACAUCAAUGUUUCGGAGUAUAUCUCUCCCGUCUCACAGACCUCGGCUGCAGCAGACAGGUCUGCCGGGCGUGUGUGCAGCAGCUUCAGGCGGCUUGUGCCUUCCGGAAGCAAGUUGUGGAUGCUGAGGAGUGCUAUAUGGCAUUCUUUGAGGAUAACAGUGGUUUGCAAGACAAAGAGAUAAAGUCUGAAAUUGAAGACGAUGACUUUUUUGACACAGAAAAUAGAUCUGAAAAUUUAAUGUCAAAGAAGAAAGUGAAGCACAAAAUCCAUAAGAAGAGAGGAGAUAGGAGAACCAGAAUGAAAGACAGAGAUAGCACAGAUGACUCAGACACACCUUUGACUGAACUUUCAAGACUUAAAUCAGUAGCAGCCCAAAAUGAACCAUUAGUUCCUGAAGAUAAGGACCAAUUUUGUGUGGAAUCUUUAGAAGUCAAACAUGGUUUUGUGUUUGGCAAUAAUGAUCUCAAUGAUAAUGUGGAUAAGACUGAAAAUGAUUCGCCCACUAUCGCACCAGUAUCACCCCCAAAACAUAUUUCUGAACGGAAAAAAGUAAUUCAAACCUGCAACACAGUGUUAAAGCACACUACAGCCUGCCCCUUUCGGCAUCACAAGAGCUGGUUCCAAUGUUUCUACUGCCUGGAAGAGUUUAGAGAAAUAAAACUUUUGCGGCAGCACACUUCGCAAACGCACCAAGACAUAGACAAGGAAUUAAAAAAAAUAAAACGGUUCCCGCGCUCUUUGCAAAUUGACAUUUCCGAACUGAAUUGCAUCGAUUGUGUCGACUUAGACGUUAAUUUAAACAACAUAACCUCUUUGAAAGAGCAUUUGAUCUCGAGACAUAAUCUAAAGAUUUACACAGAGUGUAUAGCCGACUACAAAGUUGACACUAGUCCGUACACAUGCCAUAUAUGCAAACUAGAAUUUCAUGUAUUCAGAAGUCUGACUACUCAUUUAAAUGAGCACUACGCAAAUUGCAUUUGCGAUGUUUGCGGAAAAUCGUUCAUAAACUCCAAGCGAUUGAAAGUUCACAAGCGGACACACGAAAGCGGCGUGUUUCCAUGCAACCUCUGCGGGAAGGUUUUAAAAACGAAAACGUCAAAAGCGAAUCACAUGGAAACACAUUCUAAACGCAUCUUGAAGUGUCAGAUUUGUUCGCAACCGAUGAAACACUACAACGAUCGGGUAAAGCAUAUGUCAGAUGUACAUAACAUAACGCAUAAAUUCAAGUGUCCUGUUUGCCCGAAAGAAUAUAACAUAAGGCAUUAUCUGGCGACGCAUAUGAGACAGACACAUGGGAAUAAGAAUAAAAAGUGCGCUGAAUGCGGAAUGGCGUUUAUCACUAACCAUAGCCUGAAGAAGCACAUGUUGAAGCAUAGUGGUGAGAAACCGUACGAGUGCAAUGUUUGCAGGAAAGCAUACGCGCGGAGCUAUACUUUGAAAGAACACAUGCGUUCACAUGAGAAUGAAGGAUUUUAGGCGUUCGUUUUUU